CGCAGUGGCUGGUGUUGUGGUUGUGGAGAGGGUCAAGGAGCUUCUGGAAGGCGUUUUGGCAGCGGUGAUGGACGUGUGCAUGCGGUGGUGGGUGUGGUGCUGCUGCUGCGGGUGCUGUCGUCGGAACGCGCGGGUCUCGCCACUCCAUGACCCAAGUUGGGAUACGAGCCUAGCGGGUCUCACCCGAGCCUAUCUAUGGGCUGGAAGCCAGCCUGCCGCACCGCUUCCUCCGCUGCCGCCUCGGGCCUGGGCGCCCGUCCUUGCGGUGGAUGGCUAUGCGCUGGCUGCCGCGAUGGCGCAUCUUGCUCCGCGGCACGAUCCGGUGCUCCUCCACGAGUCAGCCGAACGGCGAGUGCCGUGGCUGGCAAGCGGGCAGGAAGGGAGCAGCCGGCAGAGUGUGUCGGUCAAGGCGCUGGGCAAGGCGCCCAAGAGCAGAUGGUGUCGGGUAGAUGCGCCGCGGAUGGCGCUUGCGGUCUUCCCACUGGGUCUUGCGGCGCGCCGCUCAUGGGCGAGCUUUCUAUGGGCCAUGAUCGAUGGUGACGUGCUCGCGUGCGUGUACUGGGCAGUGGAUGGCGAUCAGGGCAUUCCACACGCACGGGCGCUGCUCCGAACCUUUGCGCCGUUUCUGGCUCUCCGCCCGUUGGUGGUGCUUGUAUCAUCGCCACCCGGGGUGAGGCUUAACGUGGCGGGCGUCCGCUCUAAUCUGGGCCUUGACCAGCUCGGCCUGCUUCACGUCGACGUGGUGAGAGUGGCUGAGGCUAUCGAGCGGAUGUAGCGCCGUGGUUUUGUUGCAGUGGUUCUGUGUUCAUUCUGCUCGCCAAGACGGCAAUGACGCGGGGGCAGCAAGCUCGCUACCACGGGUAACGUUGUGGAGAGCCCAAGAACCGUCGGGAGCCAGCUGGAGGGCAGUGGUGUGGAAGCGGCGGACGUUGGAGCGAUGCGAGACCGAGAUGCACUGGAUGCCAAGCGAGUUGGCGAGCGAGUAAAAGGUGUUCUCCAUGUCUUCGUCGAGGGCCGAGGUGCACUCGUCGAGGAUGGCAAACUUGGGGGCGUGGAAGAGGAGACGGGCCAUGGCAAGACGCUGCUUCUCGCCGCCGGAGAGGAUAUUGGCCCAGUUUGCGUAGAGCCCACUGUUUGUAGAGGCGUACGCGCGAUCGAGGAGGUGUGAGAGGCGGACGAGGGAGAGGAGCUCGUGAAGGUCGGCGUCGGAGAGCGGGGCCUCGGCGGCGGAGCGCGGGUAGACGAUCUGGUCCUUGAGCGAGCCGAGGAUGAGGAGCGGUGACUGCGGGAGGAAGAAGAUCCCGCCGCGGCCGAUGGCGAGCGGGCGCU